AUGACUUUGCGCACGGCGUCUCCAUCCCCAAGCGCUGCAGCCGCUACUGUCGGUGAUCGUGGCGGUAGAAAUGGCGGCAGUGGGAGUAGGAAUGUUCAAAGUGGCAAUCCCACAUCUGCAACUCCAGUAGGUGUUGCCAGUGACGGUCACGACGAUCAUCGCACACGAACAGUCACACUCCUCAUCCUCGGAGCAGGAUGGACCUACCAAUUCCUCCAACCCCUUCUGUCCGCGGGAAAGAUCACCUACGCCGCAACCACCACCACGGGCCAUGACGGAACGAUCCCGUUCCGAUUCGACGAGGCCUCCGACGAUCUGGGCCCGUUCAAGAACCUCCCGGAUGCAGAGUACGUGCUGGUCACCUUCCCUCUGAAAGGACGCGGGCCGUCUGCUAAAUUGGUGCGGAUGUAUAAUGAGACGCGAAGAGGGCAUGGGAAAGGGGAGUUGGAAGAGGCUUUGGGACAGGAGGUGGAGGUGGAGGUCGACAGCGCGUGUCACGACGAUUCUCGACCGGACGGAUCUUUGCGCGCCGAAGUCGAAUCCCAAAUAUCAACAGACAUCCGAUCUGGAGAUGGCCAGAAUCCCAAUAGUAACACCAAUACAAGUACCACCAACAACAAUCGCAGCGACAGACAUAUCUACAGCCCAGAACCGACGCUGAGCUCAACCUGUUCCUCAAACAAUGUGACGGCGUCUCCUUCUUCUACAGUUACUAAAUGGAUUCAACUCGGUUCAACAGGCAUCUGGACGACCCCGGACUGGAACGACUCGUCGUCACCGAUCGACGACACCAACGCGCGUGCCGUGGCUGAGGAAGAACUGAUCACGCUGAACGGCUGCAUCCUCAAUCUUGCCGGGCUAUACGGCGGAGAAAGGAAUCCUAGGAAUUGGGUGUCCAGAGUGGCGAGGUCGAAGGAGCAGCUGGGGCAGAAGGGCGCGUUGCAUCUGAUUCACGGGCGGGAUGUGGCUAGAGCUGUGGUAGGAGUUGUGAGGAAGGAUCAAGACGGAAACGAGAAGGAGAAGGGAACAGCGAACACGAUGAACGACGAAGGGAGAGUGACCAACGAUGGCAAUGGCGAUGACAAUGAUAGAACCCACACAGAUGUAGGUACAGAACUCUUCGGCAGACGUUGGAUCGUGGCCGACUGCGUCUCGUAUGAUUGGUGGAAUCUGGUAUGGGAUUGGAUGGGUGAGCACGAAAACUCGAAGGGGAAAGUGGAAGGGGGUCGGAGCGAGCAAGUGGCGGAAGAGACUACGGAGCAAAAGGAAACGCAAAAGCAAAAGGAGAGGAAGAUGGAGAGGGAUAUGAAAAGUCAGUACCGACGCUGGGUUAUGGAGUUGAUGGAGGAAAACAAUGUUCGUGGUCUGCCGCGAUCAAUGGAUGUGCUCGGGAGGAAGCUGGAUGCUAGGGAUUUCUGGAAAGCUAUUGGGAUUCUGCCAGAAAUGAGGCUCGAGAGGUGA